AUGAACAACUUCACUUACUGCAACCCAGUUAGACUCAUUUACGGCAAAGGAGCAACAGCUGAAAUCGAGAAGCAACACUUGAUCCCAGAGGGUGCGAGAGUUAUGAUGACUUACGGUGGUGGAUCUAUUAAGAAGAAUGGGGUUUACGAGGAAGUACUGAAAUAUGUGAAACCAAUCUGUGAGUUUGGUGGAAUUGAACCGAACCCAACACAUGAAACUUGCACCAAAGCUGUUGCUCUUGCUAAGGAGAACAACAUUAACUUUUUGUUGGCUGUUGGUGGAGGGUCUGUAGUUGAUGGGACAAAGUACAUUGCUCUUGCGAUGGAACACACUUUUAGCGAUGACACGUACGACAUUUUGUUGAAGGCUAGCCAGUUUAAGGUGAACCCCGCCAAAGCCAAAAUUGGUGUUGUUUUGACUCUUCCAGCUACUGGGUCAGAAAUGAACAAUGGGUUUGUGUUGUCAAGAAAGGCGGACAACAUGAAGUUGGCCAAUCAUGACUUCUCGUUGUACCCAACUUUCUCCAUUGUAGACCCGUGUCACACUAUGUCCCUCCCAUUGAACCAAGUCAGAAAUGGUAUCACCGAUUCAUUUGUACACGUCUAUGAACAGUACAUUGGACAUUAUCAGAUGAACGCAGUGACUGACGCAGAGUCUGAGGGCGUAUUCAAAGUGAUCAUGAACGUCGCGAAAACUACAAUGGAUGAUGUCCACAACUACAAGGCUAGAGCAGACUUCUGCUACGCAGCUACUGUUGCUUUGAACUAUACAUUGGCGGUUGGUAUCAAAGAAUGCUGGGCUGCUCAUAUGAUCGGCCACGAAUUGACUGCUUACUACGGCGUUGCACAUGGCGAGUCACUUGCCAUGACUACUGAAGGUGUUAUGAGAUUUAACAAGGAGAAGAACGCACAGAAAUUGAUCCAAAUGGCCGAAAACGUUUAUGGAAUCAAGAACGCAAAGCCAGAGGACGCUAUUGAAGCUACUGAAAAGUUCUUUAAGAGCAUUGGAAACAAGACAAGACUUUCUGAAUGGGGAUUCGGUAAAGAACACUUCGAGGAAAUUGCUCAGAAGUUCAAGGAAAAUGCAUGUGGAGCUCAUGAUGAUAUCGAUGAUGUUGCUGUCAUGAAAAUAUUGAACGAUAUUUACUAA